UAUAGCCAGCUGUUCUCCGGGGUCGGUGUUUGUGUCGAGCCGAGCCGCCGUCGGUGCUGAAGCCGCGGGGAGGGGCAGCCAGCGAGCCGCGGGCCGAGCAGCAUGCGGGAGGAAGGUGAGCUGUGACUGUGCCCUUCGUUGUCUCCCUGUGCACCUGCACAUAUCGUGUGCUCAGAGACUGUGCUGCACUUGGAGAACCCAUGGCUUCUGGCCCUCCAUCCCCCUCUGUAGGCCGCAGGCUCGGGCUGCUGGAGUUGCUACUCGGGCCUCUGUUAGUUUUGUUGGUUUCUGGGCUGGGACCAGCGCUGGGUCAGAAGGUCUACACCAACACAUGGGCCGUCCACAUACCUGGAGGUCAGGAGGAUGCUGAUCGAAUUGCCAGUAAACAUGGGUUCAUCAAUUACGGACAUGUAUUUGGUGAUUAUUAUCACUUCCGACAUCGCACAGUAGUGAAGAGGUCGCUGUCGGAUCACAGAGGGACACAAGUCCGUCUACAAAGAGACUCCAAGGUGACCUGGGCAGAACAACAGGUGUCGAAGCGGAGGAAAAAGAGGGAUACUUUCGAAGAACCUUCAGAUCCCAAGUUCAGAGACCAGUGGUACCUGUACAACAGCAACCAACGUGACUUGAAUGCCAAAGCUGCGUGGCAGUUGGGCUACACAGGUAAAGGUGUGGUGGUGUCCAUCCUAGAUGACGGAAUAGAGAAGAACCAUCCAGACCUGAUGCAGAACUACGACCCAGAUGCCAGUUACGAUGUGAAUGAUGGCGACCCAGAUCCUCAGCCCCGAUACACGCAGCUUAAUGAUAACAGGCAUGGAACACGGUGUGCUGGAGAAGUGGCAGCAGUAGCCAACAAUGGGAUCUGUGGAGUCGGUGUGGCCUAUGACGCCAAGAUUGGAGGUGUGCGUAUGCUGGACGGCGAGGUGACUGACAUGGUGGAGGCCCAGUCUCUCAGCCUGAACCCCCAACACAUCGACGUCUACAGUGCCAGCUGGGGCCCGGAGGACGACGGCAAGACGGUUGACGGACCUGCCAAACUCGCCAAAGAAGCCUUUCUGCGUGGAGUUACAGAGGGCCGAAAGGGUUUGGGCUCCAUCUUUGUGUGGGCCUCUGGAAAUGGAGGGAGGGAGAAGGACAGUUGUAACUGUGACGGCUACACCAACAGCAUCUACACGCUGUCCAUCAGCAGCUCCACCCAGAACGGCAAUGUCCCCUGGUACAGCGAGGCUUGCUCCUCCACCCUCGCCACAACCUACAGUUCGGGGAACCUCAACGAGAAGCAGAUAGUGACCACAGACCUGAAAUCGAAAUGCACAGAUUCCCACACAGGCACCUCUGCCUCCGCCCCGCUGGCGGCUGGGAUCAUCGCUCUUGCCCUUGAGGCCAAUAAAAACCUGACCUGGAGGGAUAUGCAACAUCUGGUUGUACGAACUUCUCACCCUGCCCACCUGCUCACCAACGACUGGAGGACCAAUGGGGUUGGACGUAAAGUCAGCCAUUCAUAUGGAUAUGGUCUUCUUGAUGCCAGUGCCAUUGUAUCACUGGCAGAGACGUGGACCAGCGUGGGGCCGCAGAGGAAAUGUGUGAUCACCAUGGUCUCUGAGCCAAGGAAUAUUGGCAGCCAUCUAUCGAUCAACAUGAGCGUGGGCGCCUGCAUUGGGUCCGACAGUCACGUGACCUCGUUAGAGCACGUUCAGGCGCGGCUCACCCUGUCCUACAACCGGAGGGGAAACCUGGCUAUCCACCUCAUUAGUCCUGCAGGCACACGCUCCACAAUGCUCCACCCCAGGCCUCAUGACUACUCAUCGGAGGGUUUUAAUGACUGGGCUUUCAUGACCACCCACUCCUGGGAUGAGAACCCCACGGGGGCGUGGACACUGGAGAUUGAGAAUGUGGCUGGUGCCAGCGACUAUGGAACUCUGACCCAGUUCAUCCUGGUGCUUUAUGGCUCCGGCUCAGCAUCAUCCAGCUCGUCUGAGACGCCGCAGCCCACCAGCAGCAGCUGUAAGACCCUGGACCUAAGGCAGAUAUGCAUUGAAUGCAACGCUGGCGACUACCUCUUUCAGCAGGGCUGUGUGAAAGAAUGUCCAUCGGGUUACUCAGUGGGCUCCCGACCCCUGAACUACACAGUGGGAAACUUCAUAUCGCCUGCUUCCGUCCCAGCCUGCCUUCCCUGCCCACCGCCCUGCCUGACGUGCAGCAGCCUGAGCCCCGAGGCCUGCCUGUCCUGCCCCCCCCACAGCUCCCUGGACAGCGUCUCUGGCACCUGCGUGCAUCUCAACCAAUACAUGCGCGAGUCCCCUGGCAGCUUCAUAGUGGGCCCGGGUAACCAUGACACGCAGGUCCAGCUCAGCUCCCAGCUGCCCAUCACCGUUGCCGUGCUCAGCUGCAUGGCCAUCAUCGCCACCUUCGCUGGCGUCUUCCUGAUGCUGCAGCUGCGCUCAGGCGCCGUCAUCAAGCUGCCUUCUUUGGAGGGAGGUGGCGGUCUUGGGGGUAGUUUCAGCCUCGGGGGAAAUAGGGUGGUGUCUUACCGUGGCAUUCCGACAGUGUGGGGGGAUGACGGCGUAAACACAGACUCCGAUAACGAAGAGUUUGACGUCCACAAUGAGAGGACUGCCUUUAUCAAAACACAAAGUGCUCUUUAAUGCCUCCCGCACAUCCCUCCUUUUCUCCUGCUUUUAAGAUCCUGUCAGGCCCUUUUCUCUGAUAAUUCAGGGCUGUGGUAACUGUCCUUUCACAGUCAUCCCUUUUUCUUUUUCUGUCCGCCUGGGUUUUCAGCUGAGCCCCGCUCUGGGGUCUUGUCUUCCCCUCUGCUUGUGGGAGGCCUGAUAGGAAGCUGCUGUCUCUCAGAGCUCGGGAUGGCCCAAGCUUUGCUUUGUUCACACAUCAACGCAUUUCUAUUAAACUGGCUCUCUCCCUCCUCUUACCCUCAAUCACUCCCAGUGUCUGUGCAGAGUCCAUUUCCCCCUCCAGCUCCCCUUUCCUACAGUAAGCAAAUGAUUAUUAUUUCCUUCUCACUAUUUCUCUCUUUCCUUUAGUCUCAGUGCAGUAGCCAGACGAGAUUGUCGAUUGUGAAAAGUAGACAUGUGUGUUUGUGUGAGAACGAACACAUGUCUGAAUGACGUUGUGUGUCUGUGAGCGUGUAAAUCUGAUGAAUACUGUUGUGCCCUUUUAUAGAGAAAACUAAAGCUGCUCCUGUCACAUUAAGAACUUUAACAACUGAUAACACCAACAAAUAUAAUUCUACCCACAGUGUUGUUUGGUGACAUUAACGUCCAAACGUCUGUUCAGAAAAGCCUCUCAUCCUCAGUGCUUUACAAGUACAUUUUAAAAAUCGAAAGCUUAAUAAGUGAGAAAGAAAUGUCCAGACUUUGGUGAUUUAAAAUUCUGUGUCGAGAGUCAGAGAAACAAAAGAGGCUGAGAGCUUUCUGGAUACGUCAUCUGUCAUCUUCCUUUUCAUUACAAGACGGUUAUUGAAUUUACUUGGAGCGAAAUCCAUCUUUCAUUGAGUCGCUCUUUUUAUCUACAAUCUCAUUGUUCCAUGUUUGAUUAGGGGGGGCGGGGGGCUUCAGUUCUUCUAUUGUUGACACGAUCUGGAACGAUCUCUAAGCUCUGGCAGAACAAACUGAGUCACACAACUAGCGACGUUUUUCCUGCCUUCUGGGAUUCUCAAUGAACAGAACGUAUUGUGGUUAAGAAACUCUAAAUUCUCAUGGAGGGCUCCCAAGAAAUUGAUAAAUUAAAAGCAAACUUGCACACACACCACACACAGAGAAUUGCAGAUUGGCUACUCUAUCAACCCUGAGGCACAAUCCCUUCAGGGGAUAUUUAAUGUCUAACGUGCUCACACCCUGCGGCUGAGAGAGAAGCAGCUGAGAUGCUGAUGGGACCCAGAACAAUGUGGGACCGUCGAGCACGUGAGCUUCUCCGAGCAGCUGGCGGCUGUUGAGUUACUUGUGAUUGAUUUCUUGACGGAGCAGAAAUGGCAACGAUACAUUAAGGCUUUCCCCUUUAGUCGGAGCACAUUAGCACCACAAACACCUAUUAUACACAGCUCAUAUCACAAUGACUCAAAGUGUGUGUCUGUGUGUGUGUGUGUGUGGUCAAAGGUGGAGAAAAAAUGAAUCUGCCUUCUGACUUAAAUCUUUCUUUUCCUCCCUCAUCUCACGGCUCCUGCUCUUUUUCUUCAAUUCUUGGAUAUUGUUUGGAAAUCCUGCGUCGAGUCUCCACAUCUCGUCAGCGUCUCUGCACUUCCUUUCCAGUCUUCAUCUAAUCUGAAUUUCAGAUCAUCUCUCAGUGUACUUGCCAAUUAAUUAUAUUCUGAAUGAUACUGAACUAUUUAUUCUGAGAGAUUUUUAAUUAUACCUUUAGGGAAGAUAGUUUUAGAGUGAUUUUUCUUCCGGGCAGGUUAUGAUCUAAAAUAUGCAGCUCUUGAUUUAAUCCAGUGUAGCCACAUUGAAUCUAUUGAUCUCUUUUUCUGCUUUGUUGAAAUGCUGAUUAUUAUUAUUGCUAGUAGAAACACAGCGGAGCUUGCUGAGAGAGGUUGUCAUGGUGAUGACGUGCAUACAAAACUGCAGCUGCUCAUCCUUUUAUCUACCUCUCAUAUCAUUCAGCAAGGUUUCAUAUGCAGUCAGAGGAGCUGUUAAAUGAUUAUAGAGGUCACAUUAUAUUUAGGACAGAUAUGAAAACACUCAAAUCUGUGUUGUAGAAGAGAAAACAAGCAAUUUGCAAUUCAGAAACUGUAAAGCUGCUGUGUAAAUCCUAGUCCUCUAUCGCUCCUGAAGUGUGUGUUUGCCUUUAUGAUCAGUGCUCAUGGGCAGCCGUCGGCUUUGUAAUAGAAAAUAUAAGGUUUGCCCAUAGAUCUUGUUGGCCAGCGUUUUAAGUGCUGAAAUCGAUGUAAAAUAGUUGUGGGCGUUUGUUUUCCUCACCUCUUGCACUCAGUCUCUACUCAGACUGUUCCACUUGGGGUUGAAACCUUUUUCACUUCUGUCACUGACAAUCAAUUUCCUUUAUUUUGGGGGUGAAGGUGCACAACCGCACAAAACAAAUCCAUUUUAAUGUAACAGCAUGUGUUGGGAAGCCUUCUCAGAAGGAGAAACACAUGAAGACUGCGUGUAGAGUUGAAUGUGAUUUGAAUACAAAAAGUUUGGUCAAAGACAAAAAAUAUAUAAAAAAAUCAGCAGAGAAUAAAGAAAAUUAAAACCUGCCAAAAAUCCUGUGCAGAUGGAUGGAGAAGAGCUGGUGUGUGUCCUCUCAAACACAACAUUGUGCCAGGAAGCCUAAUUCAUCUCAGAUGGCCAGUGCAGGUGGAGCACAUUUGGCUUAUCGUGGCAGAUUCCACCAGAAAGCACUAAACUGGAUUGGAAACCAACCAGAGGAUGUGGCCUUAGAGAAAGUUAAUACUGUUUGUGUGCUGUACAUUAGUGCCCAAUGCCAUUUAGGCUUUGAUUAUCCCCACUUUAAGACAGACACUCAUUCAAAAAUUGAAUAACUGCAGCCUCAGACUGGAGACACCAAAUAUUAUUGGCUACCCAUCAUGGUUAAGUGUGCAAACAACAGAUAAUGUUGCUCAUUAUCUGUUGUGGCAACAAAAUUGCCUCUGCAAAUUAUUUUCUUAAACUCUGGAGGCUCUGAAUUUGCCCUUUUAGGUGAACAAUACCGUGGGACGUCUACCAGUUUGAUGCCAUUAUUAUGGAUAAUUGAUGCUCAGUCUAGUCAGCCUUUGUAUAUUCUACAUCUUCCCUUAGAAGAGAUUCUUAUUGCUUCCAGAAACACAACAGUUUCUCCAAAAGUGCACACAUGAAAUCAUUUAUCCAUCAUGUUGUCGUCACUGCAGCUUGAUAAAACUCUGAAAACUUUAAACUGAUGAACUCUGAGUAUUCAAGUGUCUUAAACUUUUAAGAAUAUCACGGACGCAGACAGGCAUUAAGUAGCGAGUGCUUCCAGAGCACGGAGAGAGAAACCAUUAGCAGUCAGUGUUCUCCUUUCACUGCAAGAACGUGAUGGAAACGCCACACUAAAAAAGAGUUAGAGGUUCUCUAAUCGUGCCAGAAAACUGCUCCUAAUUAUAAGGCAACCUCUUCAUUGGCACUGGAGUGUGAAGCCUGUUAAUAUACAAAGUUACAGGAAUGUUAGGAGAAAAAAAAAGCUCUCGUUGCAAAUUGUUGUCUCUGAUUAUAAAAGAAAAGAAGACACAGACUUUGUCUUUAUAUGAACUGAUUCAUGUCGUGCGGAGCUGAGGUCCGCCCUCAGGACGCAGCCGGAGGGGAUCCGCAUUAAGUCGGAAAGAGUUGAUCUGAGCAAUAUCUUUGGCAUAACCAAAGACAAUCAUUUCAUCGUGUCUGAUGCAGUGCUUAGAUGCGUUUUGCUUUCAGGUUGUCACAGUCCAUCGACCCGUUCGCUUGCGUUCAAAGUGUCAUGUUGAUCUCAUCCUGUCAUCUCUGCCCUUUUUGUUUUGAGACACCCUGUUCAGCAGCUGUGGCGGGAGGAGGCAGAAUGUAUCCCAUCUCCAUUAACUUAAGGGCUGAAUCAGAUCUGCGUGCGUCCGUGUGUGUGCACAUGCUUGUUGAAGUAUAAAUAAAACACUUUGUGACAGGGGGCGGUGUGUGGAGCAGCCUCAGACAACUCGGUUGACCUCCUGCCGCCUCCUCUGGAGGCUCCUGGCCUGUGGCUGCACACAGUACCUUACAGAUUUGUGACCUAUGAAUAGUGAACAAGAAUGACUAUCUUAUAUGGGACAUAACUCUAAAAUAAGGCCUAUUUUUGUAUAAAUGAAUGGUGCAGUGUAAUUUUCUUGUAAUUUAAGGAUUUUUUUUUUCUUUUGCUCUUGUUUUUCUCUUUUAUUUAAUUGAUGUCAAUUAUAGAUUCUACUAAAAUAAAGAUCUAUGCAAAUUUUAA